GUGGUUCGUUGUGUUUGGAUGUAGCGACACCUGAGAGAUGAUACCGUGCCUGCACCCCAAAUUACUGCUCUUCGCCAGUCGUAAUGGCCGAUCGAAGGAGAGGAAGUAGCAGGAGUAUUUCUGUCCUGCUUCGUUCACAAUGGCGUGUGGGUGUUUGCGAUGUGCUCUCCGGUAUCGACGAACAAGAAGCGCCCGCUAUUCGCUGUAUCUACUCGCGCUUCUGUCGUUGAUGACGCUGGCACUGAUCGCUAGACGAGUGGUACGACACGAGUGGGCGAACGAAGGGAAGGGUGCUGCGAAGCCGCUCAAGUCCAAAGUAACGCGAAGCAGACUAGAGAGAGAUCCUGUUUCGCUGCUGAAGCGUAUGCCGCUGGAUCCUCUUCUGGGAAGUCGGAGCAAGAAAAAUGAUUGGCCGAAGAACUUGCACCUUUUGCGCGUGUCGGUGUUCACCGGACCCAUGCUGUUGACAGCGCCGCACGGCAUACCGCUCUGGAGAGGUGAUAAACUCAAGGGAAACGAACCAGGUACAAGCAGCGUGGCGUGGAGGAGUGCAUUCAUGGACCCGCUACGCGGCGUGGCCACGGCCCUGACAUGGCGUGACAUCAGCGUGACGUCGGAGCUAAGCCGCAGCCGCAGUCAGCAGCCCAUUCUAGACCCUAACUACCUGCUGCCCCAGGAGACAUUCCUGGAACCCUGGUCUGUGUUCUUGCGUGCACACUUCAGAGAGUACGGUGAUCAGGCGGUGCUUGUUGACGUACAUGGAAUGGCUGACGAUCAUGGCAGCGACUGUACUAUCGGCAUUGCGCCGUGGAAUCGCACGCAGCCUGCGGAGGCAACGCGCUGCCAGCAGUGCAUCCAGGAGCGCCUGGCUGCCGUGUUCCCUGCGUUUCGCUUCAAGCAGCUGCCCUACUUCACUGGCGACUGGGACGACCGGGUGUCCGCCAGACAGCAGCAUGGCAAUGGUAACGGCAAUAACAAUCUAGGUCGCAUGACACUAAGCAGACAGGCAGCACACCUGGGCAUGCGAGCCGUGCAGCUGGAAAUGACCAUGCGAUUACGCAACGCCAUCAUCGGUGCGGCAAACACGACGACCACCGACCCUCCGGGCCCGCGCAUCGGCGGCUGGCACUACGGCAAGCUACAGGAGUUUGCCGACACGCUGCGCGUGUGCGUGCUGCGUUUAGCAAGUGCUGGCACCAAGCCCCCGGUCGUCACGUUACCAACAACAAUGCCAUUAUCAGCGCACCCUGUAACGCCGACUAGUGAAGAAUCUCAGAAAGUUACCGAACAGAUCGCCAAAGACACUGGCGGCGCAUAGGUUGAUCCUUGAAAUGGAUGCAUUCUGUGUGUUUGCGUCAUUUGACACGUCGGCUAACCUGUCGUAACCCCAACCCUAUAUCUAUAGCUCGGUGGCAGCAGUGUUCAAUACGUAGUAAGAUCUAUAUUUCUACUACUGCAAGUCGACAAAUUUUCGACCCAUUCAAAUUUCGGCUGCAACACAUUUUCGGCCUGUACUGCUGCUGCCUGUACACACUGUCACACUGAACCUUGCAGCACAAAAUUUCGGCUGCGACAAAUUUUCGGCCAAAUAUGAUCAGGCCGAAAAUAGCGGAAAAUAAUUAAGCGCCAAAUAUUCAGUUGUCUUACAGUACUUAGUUCUAGCAGCGAGUCGACUCCCUGGUUCUAGUUAUCCUGAACACUAAUUAUUAUGAUGAAGAAAGGAAAAGGACAAAAUGUUACGAGUUAUGACAAACUGUCCACCAACGUAACCAGAUAUUAUACAGUCAGCGAGUGCGACAAAAUGGCACAAAACUGACAAGGAGUACUGAGUGCCAUUUUGUCACACUCGCUGACUGUAUAAGAUCUGGUUACGUUGGUGGACAGUUUGUCAUAACCCGUAACAUUUUGUCCUUUUCCUUUCUUCAUCAUAACUAUAUUGGCUCACCAUCCGAGUUCAAACUAAUAAUUAUAUAAUUAUAUUAUUAUUGACAGCCCUGUCAAUUCCAACUUAGGGCCAUAUUUUUGCUGACCUAUUAAUUUUAUCCUCUUACCAAGAGCAACCUUCAACGGCUGACUACUGAAGUCGUUUUCUGGUA